AUUGUGGAGCAAACGCGAGCACUACAAGCAAUCAAGGGCUAUGCCAUUAAACGCCAGUGCGACGUUGUUGCCCAACGAAGACUGUCUGUUGUGAAUUGUUGCGCUGCGGUGAGCUUUGCGCUUCAUACGCGGUGAUACUGGAUACUGGUGUUGUGCUGUUGUUAUUUAUUUAUUUUGUUUUCUUUCGUAUUUCCGUUUAAAAGUGGUGUAAAUAAAAAUAAAAACUUUUCGGCAAAAUGUCCAUACCAAAACAAAUAAAUCCGGAUUUGGUUAAAGAACGCGAAAGUGCCACGUUCGAUGUGGAAGAGUUUUCAGCUUGGAUUUAUGACGAUAUUAAUUUGUUGCAGAUGAAAAGAUUGGUCGAAGAGGAACUUUUCAAGGAUUCGCCUGAUCCCAUCGAGCUGGAUUAUCUAUCGUACGAAGAUGUCUACAAUCGUGGAGUCAAACACUCCGCUGAUGCGUUUAAUAAGCUAAGAGCAUUGCAAGAACGCUUGCAUCCGGGUGGCACUGAGAUUUAUCCUCUUCUUAUGAGUGGACCCAUUGGUAUGGCUCUCAUGCCCGCUGGUAGUCCCUUAGCGGUACACAUUCUAAUGUUCACGCGCGCACUUAGGAGUCAUGGCACGCCAGAGCAGUACGCGAAAUUCGGACGACGAGCAGAUAACUGUGAGAUUAUAGGUACCUACGCACAAACAGAGCUGGGACACGGCACCUAUCUGCGUGGAUUGGAAACACGUGCCGACUACGAACGUAAAACCGAUGAAUUUGUGCUGAAUUCGCCAACGCUGACGUCAUACAAAUGGUGGCCGGGAGGACUGGGCAACACUGUCAAUUAUUGCAUUGUGGUGGCCCAGCUCUACAUUGACAAUGAGCCAAUGGGUGUGCAGUUGUUUGUGUUGCAAGUACGCGACGAGGAAACUCAUGAGCCGCUACCCGGCAUUGAUAUUGGGGAUAUCGGCAAGAAGAUCGGCAUGGCUGGUGUGAAUAACGGUUAUUUGGGUUUGAAGAACGUACGUAUACCGCGCACCAAUAUGUUGAUGAAGAACGCCAAAGUGUUGGCGGAUGGCACCUUUGUAAAGAGUCCCGUGUCACAGCUGAACUACUUUCCCAUGGUGUAUGUGCGCUGCAUGGUGGUGCUGGGCAAUUGCGUGCUGCAUGCCGAGGCUGCAACCAUAACGACACGUUACUCAGCUGUGCGGCGUCAAAGUCCCAUUAAUCCUGACGCACCAGAACCCCAGGUCUUGGAUCAUCUCACGCAGCAAAUGAAAAUUACGCCAGAGAUCGUUACAGUUAUCGCCUAUCGUCUGGCGGGUGGCAAGCUCUAUAAGAUGUACGAACAAACUGCUAAAGCCGUCAGCCGUAGCGAUUACACGCGGCUGCCGGAGUUGCAUGCAUUAGCCUGCGCCAUGAAGGCGUCUUGCACUUACGACUCAACGUUUGGUAUUGAGCGUUUGCGGCUCUCUUGUGGUGGACACGGCUAUUUGGCUUCCUCGAAUUUAGGUAAUCUCUUUGCGUGGGCAACAGCGGCCUGCACCUACGAGGGGGAGAACUCUGUGCUAUAUCUGCAAGUGGGUAAGAUUUUGUUGAAGACUUGGACGGAUGUCUUGAAUAGAAAGCAGCUGAUGCCCACAAUGGCUUACUUGGGUGUGUGUGCGAGUUGGAAUGAGUUUCCGCAGUGGAGCGGUGACUGGAAGUGUUUGGUGGAGGCGCUGCAGUUUACGGCUACUAAUAAAACCCGCAUCGCUUAUAAAAGUUACAAUGAGCGAUUAAAACGUGGCCUAACGGAGCCGGAGGCAGUUAACGCGACGGGCAUAGAGCUCACGCAGGCCGCAGAGCUUCACGGGCGCGCUUUCAUUGCCAAUACUUUUUACGAAGAGGUGACAUUGCAAGAGAGAAUUAAAAAACGUUCAGCUUCACUCAAUAAAUUACUAGAAAAUCUGCUCGAACUCUAUUUGGUGCACACAGUGCAAAGGCAUAUGGCUGAUAUUCUGAGGUUUAUUACUCUAACCGAAGAUCAUUUGACUUCACUGCAAAAUCGUCUCGAAGCGGUACUCGCACAGCUGCGUCCUAAUUUGGUUGCCAUUUGUGAUGGUUUUGAUUUUCAUGAUAAAGUUUUAAGUUCGGUUUUGGGUUGUUAUGAUGGCAAUGUAUACGAAAGAAUUUUCGAAGCAGCCAAAAAGAGUCCAUUGAAUCAAAAGGCGGUACCAAAGUCAUUUGAGCAACAUUUGAAACCAUUUAUGAAAUCGAAUUUAUGAAGGAGAAUUGUCUUUUAUAAAAAUUGAGCACGGUAUGGUAUAUAUGUAUGUAUAUGGAGUUGGAAAACAUGAAUUAUGAACACUUAAUGAUACAGAGUUGCUUAAAACCAUUAAAAACAAAAUAAAAAAUAAUUAAAUAAAAUUAAAAAAAAAUUAAAUUUUUUUGGCUUGUUAUUUUUUUGCGUUUUGACAAACCAUGCUGCUUGGUUGUUUUAUACAAAAUGUAGUUAAUUGUUUCCAUAUACAAUAUUUAACAGGAGGUUCGAUCAAAUAUUUUGUCCAUAC